CAUAUAAAUGUCUACAGAAAAUCUACGCAAAUGUAACUAGCUGCAAUGAAAAGAAUGGUCAAUAUAAUCUAUGUAAUGGAGACAAACAAAUGUCAUGUAAUUGGUUAUGGUCCGAUAUUGAAUGUAGCAAAAUAUAUGCGCAGUAUAUUGAUACUAUAUAUAAAGCUAUAUUAUAAAUGCGAUUGCGAAGAGAUCGAUGCCGUGGAGGAUGUGUUGAACAAAAUGGGAGUAAUGGUAACUGAUAUGCAAACCAAUAGCCAGAUCGUCUAUAGUCAGGAAAAUUGCAGUGUGGUUACCAUUGCUGUACCAGUGUGUGUGCCAUCGAGGGAUGAAGUAAUCAUGCUGCUAUUUGAUAACCCCUCAAAAAGUAACGCAAAAAUGGUUUUGUAUUCAAACACACGCGUCGAGCAAAACCACAAAUUCAAGGGAGUCCUCGAACUGAUCCCAAAUCGCAAUAAUCCCAUCAAUUUUGUCAAUAAAGUGGAGAAGGUUUUGGUGAUGGUCUACAAGACGACAGCCAAUCAUUUCGCGGUGAUAUACCCGCAGUGGGGACUCGACUGUUCGCGGACUCCCAUCUGUAAAAUCAAUCUCUUGUCGACAAAAGUGGAGAAAAGCGCCGACAGUCCGGACCGACAGUUCUGUAUCGCUUCGACCCGAGAGCACUCUCGGGUCGAAGCGAUACAGAACUGUCGGUCCGGACUGUCGGCGCUUUUCUCCACUUUUGUCGACAAGAGAUUGAUUUUACAGAUGGGAGUCCGCGAACAGUCGAGUCCCCACUGCGGGUAUAUCACCGCGAAAUGA